AUGUCGUCGCUCUCAUCCACGCAACUCAUCGGCAAUGCCAAUAAAAUCAACCAAACGUGCAACCUUGUCCGUGAAUUCUUUCAAGAUGAACAAGAGCACCACGCCACAGUGGUCGAUGAGGCCACACUGAGAAUCUUCUUAGAGUCAGACAAGGCAUGCUCCCUGCGUCAACCGGAGGCGCGAGACUACCUCAGCGACUACUACCGCAAAAAGGCACUGGUUCUUGAGGUGAAGUCUUUGAUUAACUCCCCGAACCCGGACGUGGAGGUAGCGACUUUCUGGGCCACACUUUGGACGAUGCGUACUACCGAUGUGGAGAGACUACUUCAUGAACUACGCACAAAGAACAGAACCAUGAUAUUUCGUGGAUCAACGUCCUUGGCUAAAGACAACGUUGACAAUGCCUCACAACGUCCGAAACGAAACGAGUCGGCGGUCGAUCUCGCUAAGCAGCGCGACAAAGAGUUUUGA